UCUCUGUUCUCUUCUCCCAAACCAAUAAAAAAAGGAAAAAUUGAAAUUGAUUUCAGCUGCAAAUAAUUGAAUUUGAUUUUUCGGUUUGUGGGUUUUGGGAAUCUUUGAUUGAAAUCGAAGCAGAGAAGAUGCUGGAGAAGAUCGGGUUGCCGGCGAAGCCAUCACUGAGAGGGAAUAAUUGGGUGGUUGACGCCUCACACUGUCAGGGAUGUUCUUCUCAGUUCACCUUCAUCAAUCGCAAGCAUCAUUGCCGGAGGUGUGGGGGCAUUUUCUGUGGCAGCUGUACACAGCAGAGGAUGUUUUUGCGUGGGCAAGGCGAUGCGCCUGUGCGGAUAUGUGAGCCUUGUAAGAAGCUAGAAGAAGCAGCGCGGUUCGAGAGAUAUGGACACAAGAGUAGAGCUGCGAGAGGCAGUUCAAAUUUGACAUCAAAGCCUGAGGAUGAAAUUUUGAACCAGAUACUUGGUAAUGAAGGGAAGGAAUCAGGACAAGAGGUUAACAAGAAUGUAGUUUCCAGUAUGCUGAGGGCAACUAGUAGUGCAUCAUGUUCAAAUAGUCGAGGAGAUUCCAGCCAUGAUGCGGUGGGAGAAAUACUUAGUAGUGUUUCUGUUGAUAAGUUUAGUCAAUUACAGAAUGAUAGUCAAUCUGUUACUCCUGAGGAAUUGCGUCAGCAAGCUUUGGAUGAAAAAAAGAAGUAUAAAAUUCUGAAAGGAGAAGGGAAGUCUGCGGAAGCAUUAAGAGCCUUUAAGAAAGGGAAGGAGCUUGAGAGGCAGGCUGAUGCGUUGGAAAUAUCCUUAAGAAAAAAGCGUAAAAAGGAUUUACUCUCUGACAAUGUGGCUGAGGGCCAGACUAAAGAUGACUCUUCCCAAUCUGGAAGAAGAAAUAGGGUCACUCCUCCAGUGGGUAAAGAAAAAGAUGACCUUUCAGCGGAGCUUAAAGAAUUAGGGUGGUCUGAUAUGGAUCUCCGUGACAAGAAUAAAAAACAAGCGAGUCUGACUGUGGAGGGCGAGCUGUCUUCUCUUCUGGGAGAAAUCUCACAAAAGAGCAAUAAAAGUAAGGCUACUAGUGCCAUUGACAAAACACAGGUUGUUGCACAUAAAAAGAAGGCUCUCCAGCUGAAGCGUGAGGGCAAGCUUGCAGAAGCCAAGGAAGAAUUAAAGAGAGCUAAAGUUCUAGAGAAGCAACUUGAAGAACAGGAAUUGUUGGGUGAGGCUGAAGAGUCCGAUGAUGAAAUAUCUGCACUGAUUCGUAGUAUGGAUGAUGACAAAGAAGAUUUUUCAAUUCAAUAUGAGCAGGAGGAUGCCUUUAAUUUUGAUAGUCUUAUUAAUGCUGCUGAUGAUCAUAUUAUAGAUAGUAAUUUUGAAGUGACAGAAGAGGAUAUGGAGGACCCAGAAAUAACUGCUGCCUUAAAAUCUUUAGGAUGGGCUCAAGAUUCAAAUAAUCCUCCUGAAACCUCUGCUACCCAGAUAGCUUCAGUUGACAAGGAAGCACUAUUAAGUGAAAUUCAAUCCUUAAAAAGAGAGGCUGUAACUCUUAAACGAGCAGGUAAUGCCACAGAAGCAAUGGUGCAGCUAAAAAAGGCAAAACUGCUUGAAAGGGACCUUGAAAGCAUUGAGUCCCAAGAGGGCAAUGUCGUGAAACCUUCUGCAACAGUUCAUAAUCAAACUAUUGAUAGAUCAUCAAAGUCAUCUAUGGUGGAUGAUGGAAAUAUUAGUGCAAUGGAACAUAUUGACUUCAAACCUGCGAGGAAGAGUAAGUUAAUGAUUCAAAAAGAGCUUCUGGCUUUGAAGAAGAAGGCCCGUGCUCUGAGACAGGAGGGACGAUUAGAUGAAGCUGAAGAAGAGUUGAAGAGAGGCAGGAUUCUUGAGCAUCAGCUUGAAGAAAUGGAGAAUGGUAAGGACUCAGUUUUGGAACAUGAGCAUGCCAAUGUCUCUGGAAGUCUGUUAUUUGCAGAUGAGGAAGGAGAGAAUGUAACAGAUCAAGAUAUGUAUGAUCCAACAUAUCUUUCCAUGCUAAGGAAUUUGGGUUGGAAUGAUGAUAAUGAAGUUGCAAACUCUUCAUCAGCACCUGAUAAGAAAAUAGGUAACAUGCAGGCUAGUGAAUCUUCUGGAGCACAAGCCCGAAGUGAUUUCCCGGUUGGAGGAUCAAGGAAAAGUAAAUCUGAAAUUCAGAAGGAACUAUUAGGGUUGAAAAGAAAGGCUCUUGCUCUGAGGCGCCAGGGAGACACCGAGGAAGCAGAAGAAAUGCUGAAAAAGGCAAAAGCAUUAGAGGGGGAGAUGUCGGAGAUGGAAGCACCGAAGAAAGUUCAGUCGGACUUUGGUAGGGACAAGGACAAUUUCAUUGAUAAUCUUCCUUUCAGUGUAGAGGAAGAAGGUGAUGGCGGGGAUGUAACAGAAAAUGAUAUGCAGGACCCAGCACUACUCUCAGUGCUAAAGAGUUUGGGGUGGGAGGAUAAAGAGCAUUCUGUAGAGGCAUCUCCUCUGCAAUCUUCUUCCAAACUUGCUGUUGCUGCACCAAGAAGUAAGGGUGAAAUCCAAAGGGAGCUUUUGGAUUUGAAAAGAAAGGCUCAUGCAUUUAGACGAAAGGGGCAGACUGAAGAAGCUGAAGAAGUGUUGAAGAUGGCAAAGGUACUAGAAGUUCAAAUUGAAGAGUUGGAAGCCCCAAAGGGUUUACCAAUGGAAUUGGGUCCAGGUCGCCCAGACAACCAGAGAAUUGCUCAAGGCGCUAGUCAGUCUUCACCUGCCCAAUCUGGGAACUUCGCAGAUUUAUUGACGGGGGAUGACUGGAAAGGUUCUCCAGGGUCUGCUGAAAAACAAUAUGAUAACCUAUCUUAUUCUGUUGAUUCUGUUAACGCCAGUCCUCCCAUUCAGUUGAGAUCCUCACAGGAAGAUCUGAGAAAAAGAGAUGAUGCAAUAAUUAAUAAACGGGAAGAUACGAUUGUAGCCAAUGAGAAGCAAGAUGCUAAAGACGUCAAUUUGGUUCUGGGAUCUUCUUCACAGAAGAAUGAAAGUGCCAAUGAGAAGCAAGAUGCUACAGAGGUCAAUUUGGUUCUGGGAUCAUCUUCACAGAAGAAUGAAAGUGCCAUUCGGCAAGAAAUCGUGGCUUUUAAGAGGAGGGCAUUAGCUCUAAAGAGAGAAGGAAAACUGACAGAAGCCCGUGAAGAACUUAGGCAGGCUAAAGUGUUGGAGAAGCGUCUUGAGGAAGACAGUCCUCAGUCCAAAACUAGUUCGAGUGAUGUGUCCGGUUCUGCUAACAAUGUUCCUCCAGCUGCCCAAAAGCAGCAUGGAUCACCGUCGUUGGGCCAAAAACCAAUGUCCAGUCGUGAUCGCUUCAAGUUGCAACAGGAGUCUCUAGGUCACAAACGUCAAGCCCUGAAGCUGCGAAGGGAGGGUCGGAUUGAAGAAGCGGAAGCAGAGUUUGAAUUGGCCAAGGUACUUGAGGCUCAGUUAGAGGAAAGUGCUACUCAUGAUUCCACUAGUGUAGCACCAGUGGAUGAUGCGGCCGUAGAGGGACUUCUUGAUCCUGAACUUCUGUCUGCCUUAAGAGCAAUUGGAAUUGAAGAUGCCAAUACAUCAUCUCAAGGUCCUGGAAGACCAGAGCAUUCAAAACCCAAUGUUGGCAAGAGUGACGAUGUAAUCCAAGAUAGAAGUAAUCUGGAGGAACAGAUCAAGGCAGAGAAGGUGAAGGCACUAAAUCUGAAACGUGCAGGAAAACAAGCCGAGGCCUUGGAUGCUCUUCGAAGGGCCAAGAUGCUUGAAAAGAAGCUGAAUUCCUCGGCUCCAAAGUGAAUUUAUUGUUGAAGCAGGAUGACUGAGGAUAUAAAACGGACUCUUUUUUUUUUUUUUCUUUUUCUUUUUUCCAUUUCAAUCAUGUAUGUCAGUUUUACUCAUUGAUUUGUAAACCAAUAGUAUCAUCAUAACGUUAAAGUGCCUUCCCUGCAUAACUGGAGAUGUGUAACAUUCUGCAUGUUUGUGUUUCAGAUUCUGUAUCAUUGAAUUAAAGGUGUAAUAAGAUUGAGAUAAACGAAUGCUUAUAAAUC